CGGAAUCUCCCUCUCCCUUCCACCUCGUGGCCUUUCUUACCCCGAUCUCAGCUCCUCUCUUUUUCCCCUCCAUACCAUACCUCCUCCCAACUUCAACCUCUCAAUCUAACGAACAAUGGCAAUCCACUACUUGAUCCUCCUGUCACGGCAAGGCAAAGUGCGCCUUGCCAAAUGGUUCACCACUCUCUCCCCCAAGGAGAAGGCCAAGAUCAUCAAGGAUGUGACCCAGCUGGUUCUGUCGCGUCGCACCCGCAUGUGCAAUUUCCUCGAAUACAAAGACACCAAAGUCGUCUACCGUCGCUAUGCCUCCCUUUUCUUCAUCGCCGGCUGCGCAUCCACCGAUAACGAGUUGAUCACCCUCGAGGUCGUGCACCGCUACGUCGAGCAGAUGGACAAGUACUACGGAAAUGUUUGUGAACUGGACAUUAUCUUCAACUUCCAGAAAGCAUACUUCAUCCUGGACGAGCUGUUGCUAGCAGGCGAGAUGCAGGAGAGUAGCAAGAAGAAUGUUCUCCGGUGUAUCAGUCAACAGGACAGCUUGGAAGACAUGGAGGUACGUUGAUACUUGUUUUGGUUUUCAUCCCUGUCCCCCUUUCCACCGGGCAGGGAAGUGAGAAGGAGAUGCAGAGCUGGAAGGUAUAUACGUAUACGUAU